AUGUCUGCCCCCAAUCUCCUGCGAGUAGGAAGUGAAGAAAACAUCUUUGUUGAAAUUCAAGAUAAUGCUGGUGAAGAAAAUGUUAAUGUCCGUAUCAUUGUGAGGAACUUUCCAAGACAAGACAGGACGCUGGCAUCAACAACUGUGACCCUUACUAAGGAAAACAAAUUCCAGGACAAGAACUAUCAACCGGGAACUGAUACUUCUGUUGUUGUUGAUAUUGUGAACCCUGAUGGAAUUAUUUUAGAAUCAAAGCUUGUCCUUGUAGUGUCAGGAAUCUACGAUGGAAGUUAUUUCCUCCCUGAAAUUGUAAGUACAGGAACGUGGAAGGUGGUGUCAAAAUUUAACACCAACUUAAAGCAAACCUUUGAGGCAGAAUUUGAAGUGAAAGAAUAUGUGCUUCCCAGUUUUGAGGUUAAACUGACAUCCGUCCCCUUUUUCUAUGUGGACAGUGAUGAGCUCACCAUCAACAUCAAAGCGACAUAUCUAUUUGGUAAAAAGGUGGUUGGCACAGCCUUUGUGGUGUUUGGAGUUAUAGUUGGUAAUACAAAAAACGGCAUUCCAAGUUCUCUUCAAAGAGUGGAGGUGAGUAAACAUUUAUCUAAGACUCGCAUGGUUCAUUUGAUUUGCUUCCACUCUGCGCAGAUUUGGGAAAUAAUAGCGACGUAUGACACAGGCUGCACACCGGGUGGAGGAAAGGACAGCAUGAAUGUUUUCUAUGAUGCUGGACUGUUGUUUGUGGCCAGCACUACUUCAGGAACACCACAUAGAACAGAUUUGAAGUGUCCUGCCACCAGCAGAAGGAAACGAUCUACCACUUUGAUUGACCUCAGAACCAGCUUGAUAUCUAAAUAUCAGGACAAAGAACAAAUUGAGUGCUGUUUAGAUGGCAUGCAGGAUGUUCCUGUUCCAUACACUUGUGAGAGGCGAUGCAAAUAUAUUGUGGGUGGUCCAGGCUGUGCAGAAGCUUUCCUUCACUGCUGCAAGGAGAUGGAAAAAGUGCAUGUUGACAGGAAAGAGGAAGCCCUCAAACUGGCUCGCAGUGAGUGGGAUGAUGAAUACAUAGACAGCUAUGACAUCUCUGUUCGGACGAGCUUCCCCGAAAGCUGGCUUUGGAUUAACUUCACACUACCAAAUUGCACUCAAAACAUCACAAACUGCCGUACAACAUUUGAGAAAAAUAAUAUACCUUUACCUGACUCAAUUACAUCCUGGCACUUUACUGGCAUUAGUAUGUCAAGGACUCAUGGUAUCUGUGUGAAUGAUGAUUUAGAGAUCUUAGUACAGAAGACAUUCUUCAUUGAUCUCAGACUGCCAUACUCUGCAGUCCGUGGAGAGCAGCUGGAAAUUAAAGCAAUCCUCCACAACUAUGAAAACGACCCUGUCAGAGUGCGUGUGGAUCUGAAAGAAGAAACCAACUUGUGCAGUGCAGCUCAUAAGCGCGGCAAGUAUCGUCAGGAGGUCACCGUUGGGAGGGAAACAACACGGGCUGUAACAUUUACCAUUAUCCCCAUGAAGGAAGGACUUUUUCCUAUUGAGAUUAAAGCAGCUGUUAGAGAUGGUGGCAGUGAUGGUAUCAGGAAGAUGCUGCGGGUAGUGCCUCCAGGUGUACUGACGUAUAAUACAAAGACUCUACUAUUAGACCCUGCUAGGAAAGGAAGAGAUGGCAAACAAGUGGAAAUCAUCAAGAGUGCCAUUCCUGAAACAGAUAUGGUUCCAGAUACAGCUGCAAGCACACAAAUCUUUCUAAGUGGAAGAGAGCAAAUGAGCACACUAUUGGAGAACGCCAUUAGUGGUAAAUCUAUGGGGACUCUAAUCAGACAGCCAGGUGGCUGCGGAGAACAGAACAUGGCUGGCAUGACCUUGCCUGUUAUUGCAACCAUGUAUUUGGACAAAACAAAUCAGUGGGAGUUUGUGGGCUUUGAAAAGCGUAACGAAGCUCUUCAGCACAUAACAACAGGUUAUGCAACUGAACUUACUUUUCGAAAGCAAGAUGGCUCUUUUGCAGUCUUCCCCCACCAAGAUGGCAGCACCUGGUUGACUGCCUACGUUGCCAAGGUUUUUGCAAUGGCUAAUUACCUGAUCGGAGUGAAUAAAAAUGUGAUCUGUGAUGCCAUCAAGUUUCUCAUCCUGAACACACAGCAACCUGAUGGCAUGUUUAAGGAAGUUGGAUAUGUGUACAGUCAAUCGAUGCGUAGCGAUCUGUUAGGAACAGAUUCAGAUGCCUCCAUGACAGCCUUCUGCCUGAUUGCUAUGCAGGAGUCUCGAGAAAUUUGCAGGUCCUCUGUUAAUGUGAGUAUAUACCUACAUGCACUGUACAUCCACGCCUAUGAGGAAGCCACACCUAUUGUGAGAUGGCUUGGCCAGUACCAACAGGGAGAUGGAGGUUAUGGGUCAACUCAGGCUACCAUAAUGGUGUACCAGGCAAGUUCAGAGUACUGGAUCAAUGCUAAAGAACCAGAGUAUAAUGUGGAUGUAGACAUCCUGCUACCCGGCAGAAAAACGACUGACAAGUACAGCUUCAGCGAGGCAAAUCGUUUUACCACGAGAACAUCAAAGUUUAAUAACUUAUUCCUCAAAGCACAUUACCACCUCAGUCCAAUACAAGUAAGAUCUUUCUCCCAUUUUCAGAUCAUGUCGCUGUAUUACGCUCGGCCUAAGGUAUUAGAGAAGGACUGUGAGUUGUUCAACUUGUCUGUGCAGAUUGUCCCAGAGAAACUAGAUGAAGAUGAGAAGAUAUACAAGCUGACAAUAGAGGUUUUGUUUAAAGAGGAGCGCAAUGCAUCCAUGUCAAUUAUAGAUGUUGGUUUACCAACUGGAUUCACAUUUGACAAAAAUGACUUGGAUGCUUUGUCUAAAAGCCACUCCAAGAUCAUUUCAAGAUAUGAAAGUAAUACGGAUCUUUCAGAAAGGGGCUCACUCAUCAUUUACCUGAAUAAGAUUACUAGCGUACAGCCAGAGAUAAUCCCUUUCAGGAUCCAUUCAACUAUGGAAGCAAGCUUCUUGCAACCAACUGCAGUGUCCGUCUAUGAGUACAAUAACAAGAAACCUUGUGUGAAAUUCUAUCACCCUGAACGGAAAGAUGCAGAACUA